CACGGUUGCACUUGCACAGCGUCAUUCCGGCGGAAAAAGAAGAAAAAAUGGAGCAAACGCUGCUGUAAGCUGUUGCCCGACAGGACACCAUCCCUUUGCUCACCUCAGCGGCUCAGCGUGGAGCUCGUAGCCUUGGGAGGGAGCGGAGGAUGAGCGGCGGCGGCGGCGUGUUGGGCGCCGGCUCGUCGUACCACAGGUUCGUCCACUCGGCGAUGGAGCAGACCCGCCUCCGGACCGCCCUCGCCCCGCAUCCCUCGCAGGAAAAGUUCAAGUGCAUAAAAGCCAAUGACGAUAGUACCGUUUUUGGAGCUCUCUCAUUCAGCGCCCCCAAAGUCAGACUGCUUCGCAGCUUGACAAUUGAGAAGGAAAACUCAGUUCAGGUUCUUGACUUUGCUGCUUUCUCUGAACCUGAAUACGAUCUUCCCAUAUUUUGUGCCAACGCGUUUACAUCCCCUGUUCAAAGUAUUGUUGUCUUGGACCUCAAUCCUUUAUAUGAUAUCACUUUAUACAAGGAUUACAAAGAGAAAUACUUCAGGAAUUUGAUGCCGCUUAUACAGAAGUACAGCGAGCUUCUGCCAUGGGGUGGCAAGAUUACGAGCGAGUCACUGAGAUUCUUCUCUCCGGUUGUGAUCUGGUCUAUAUUUGAACCAACCGAACAAAACCAUCAUGUCCUAUAUUCAGCUUUGAUGGAUUACUACAAGGUUUGGCUUGAGUUAGCUGAUCAAGCAAUUAAAGAAAACGACGCAUCAAAAAUUGCUCAUAACAGAGAAGCACAACAUAGAUAUCUCACAUGGAGAGCUGAGAAGGAUCCUGGCUAUCCACUCUUGAAGAAAUUAAUUGGUGAAAGCCAUGCCAAGGAUUUGGUGACAGAGUUCCUAUUCGAAGGAGUGAAUUCUCUCGGGAGCAAAUCUUUUCUGGACUAUUUCCCUGAAUAUGCGCGCGACGAUGGGACGGUAAACAAGAAGAGGAGUAUGAUCGGGAAGUCUUUCGAAACUAGGCCCUGGGAUGCUGAUGGGGAAUUCAUUGGUGGUGACGAUGCAGGAUGAGGUCUUUGCUGUAUGAUAUGCACGAGCAUUCUUACCACGGACACGUUCUGCCACGCUCUAUCUUCCCUGGUUUCUGUUUCACUCCUUGUUGUAGUUUCAUCCGAGGGUUUUGUGUAGUUUGAAAAAGGCUGGAAGAACUCAAUGAAUUUGGAUAACAUAUGUUCGGCUAACAGCAUGUGCAGACACGUGGCGGCACGCAGCCACAGCAAGUUAGUUGUUUGAUGUGGAGCAGAGAGAAAGAGAAUAAAGUUCAGGUACUGCAAAGAAACAAAAGCUGUAGGAUCAAACUUAUUGUGUUUUGCAAGUUGUUGUAUUUAAUGGUGACUAUAAUAUGGAGAGGUCGAAGAUCGACUCUAUUUCUGCAGAUUCCUCGUCUGCAUAGA